AUGUGGCGGACCACAGCCCCCUGGUGGACAGCAGACUGCCGAAGAGCGCACCGAGAGCUCACCACUCACCAGACAGAGGCCGCGAAGCACCAGUUCAAGGAUGCAGUGCGCAAGGCCAAGCGUGCAUACUGGAGGCAGGUGAUCAAUGAGGCCAGAGAUGGUAGAGACCUGUACCGGGUGGUGGCAUGGCAUAAGCUGGAACCCAACCUCAGAGCACCCCCUCUGGUGAUUGGGGAUCAGGUCAUAGAAGAGACAGCCGCCAAAGCUGAGGCACUUCAACAAGCAAUUCUGAAGCGAUACAACUCAGCUGAUGAUCUGGAGUAUGACCCACUGGAUGAUGAGCACUGGAGCGGCAUGGGGAACCUGCCCUGGAACCCCCGGGUUGGGAUGGAGGAGGUGGAGCGCAACACCAUUGGGGUACAGAGCACCUCCCCAGGCACGGAUGGAAUCACAGUGCGGAUGCUCAAAGCAUGCUGGCAGCAUGUGUCCCUCUUUAUACAGCAGCUAUACAACUGCUGCCUCCGGCUCUGCCACUUCCCACGAGCCUGGAAACUGGCAGAGGUGGCAAUGAUACCCAAGGUGGCUGCUUUCACUCAUGAGGUGGAGGCAGCCUUCGCACAAAACAAGGAAGUGUCCAUGGUCACAAUGGAUGUGCAGGGUGCCUUUGAUGCUGUGCUGCGCAGGCGGCUGCUUCAGCGGAUGGCGCAGCAGGGGUGGCCACGCGAGCUGCUGCAGCUCAUUGACAGUUUCCUCACUGAACGCAGAGCUCAGGUCCGGCUGGAGGGGACCACCACAGCAGCACAUCAGAUGCAAUGUGGCACGCCACAGGGGUCUCCUUUGUCACCAAUACUGUUCCUUCUGUACCUGGCAGAGCUGCUGUGGCAAAACUCGGAGUUGCGCUUUGGCUAUGCGGAUGAUCUGAACAUCUGGCGGGCGACCCACUCACUUGACAACAAUGCCACCCUUCUCAGACAGGAUAUACAGAGUAUUCUGAGGUGGGGGGAGAUAAACAAGGUGGCCUUCGCACCAGAGAAACUUGAGAUGAUCCAUCUUACAAGAAAGCGACACAAUGAGGCACCAGCAGUAGUUGUGUCUGAGGACCUCACUGUUCACCCUGUUACUGCCCCAGCUGGACAGGAGCCAGCACUUCGCUGGCUGGGUGUACACUUCGACAGAAGGCUCACCUGGAGACCACAUGUCUCCACCCGGGCAAAGAAGGCAAGGGCCGUAGCCCAGCACAUCCGGAGUCUGGGAAAGACCAGAGACGGGCCCCCAGCAGACGCUCUGCGGAAGGCGGUCACCACCUGCGUGGUUCCCUCAUUGCUCUAUGGCACAGAGGCCUGGUACGGCGGCCGCACGCAGCCAGCAAGGCACACGGGCAGGAGUGGGGAGGUUAGCUCCCGCCUGGGAUGGCAUGUGGGGACAGUUGAGAAGGUGCUUACUAUGGCAGCCAGAGGGGUCCUCCCAGUUUUCCGUACAACGCCCAUCGCUACCCUAUACCGGGAUGCUGGGCUCCCAUCAGCAAUGGUAGCUCUGGAGGAGGCCAAAAUUCGAUUCGCCACAAGGCUUCAGGUGGUGGAUGAGAAGCACCCACUGGCUUCACGGAUAGCACCUCCAAUGAUCACACGAGGAAGAGGGGCUGGAACCCGGCAGCGCUCAAAGACCAAGAUCCAGCGGUUGGGGGCGCUGCUACCUGCAGUCAAUAGACCCACACUUGCCAUCCCACACUACUCAGAGGGAUGCGGGACAGACCCCACAGAGGGUGUAGACAAAAAGAAUGCUGCUCAGGCAUUCAAGGAAUGGUGGAGAAGUCAACCCUCAACAGAUCUAUAUGUUUUCUCAGAUGGAUCAGAACGGAGCCUUGACAACAGCAGGCAGGUGGGCUAUGGCUUCAUAGUCUAUCAGGGAAAUAAACAGCUGGCCAGCUUCUCAGCUGCGCUGAGCCCUAUGUCACAUGUCUUCGACGCUGAGGCAGUUGGUGCCUGCCGGGCAUUGGAGUGCGCCGUGAAGCUCCUACCUUGUGUCACAGAGGACAGCAGCAACCCUCAGAUCUGGCUCUGCCUCGACAACACCUCAGUCAUCUGGGGCAUACGGGGCAGUGCAGCAGCUUCCUCAAACUGGGCCUACAACCGCUGCCAUGAGCUCCUCAGACAGCACAAUGUCGGCCUGAAGUGGGCUCCUGGGCAUAUGGGGAUAGAGGGCAAUGAGGAAGCAGACCGCUUGGCUAAGCGGGCAGUCUCAUCCACUGCAGCCCCAGCCUAUGGUCUCGAGGCCACACCCAUAGUCAGUGGGGUCCGCACAGUGGCCAAGCAGCUCAGCCAAGAGGCAAGGCGAAAGUGGUGGAGUGGAGCCUGUGGCAAGCUCUCUGACUGGUACCGGGGCUGGAGUUUCAGCAGGCCGACUGUGGAAUACCAAGUGAAGGCCCCUCCGGAGCUCACCAUGCCACGGCAUGCCCUUCACCGCUGGCUCGCACUCCGCUCCUCUCAUGGGGACUUCUCCUGGUACCACAGGCGUUUCCAGCAUGCAGAUGCGAGGCUCACCUGUGUCUGUGGACACAACAAGAGCCCAGAACAUUUGGUGCUCUGUCGACACUCACAGAGGCACUUUCUUCACUGGCCCAAGAGGCCAGCAGCACGGCCACACAACCGGGCGACAGCUGUUGCCUAUCUAGGGUCUCUGACCCCUACAGACUUUGUAGAACUGCUGGACUGCACGCAGUUCUACACACGGUACUGCACAAGGUAA